AUGCAAAUUCAGGUCAGUAUAGGAACUCUUUGGACACAGCAACUACAUUACAAGCAACUCGACGUCAUACAUCUACAAUUCGAGUACUUUGGGGAGCUCCUUCAACAAACACUUUCGGGACUGACAUAUCUAAAGCAGUAUUUUCCAACAGCUUCCUUUGAUGAGGCCUACAACAAAUUCUGCAGUAUGGCACAUUAUUUUUUGUACUACUCGGUUAUCGUGAGUAGACAACCACCAUCAGUCAUUGUGAAAUGUGGAGAGGCAGAAAACCAUCGACGGAGCCGGUUUUGGUUUAACACUGAAAUAAGAAAUGAGUCUCUCAUGAAUUCCGAAAAAAGGCAGGGGGUGCUAGGAGGCCAAGCAUUCGGUGUUGAAGCAGUAGGGGAAGGCAAUGAAGUGAAAUGCUUUCUAAUCACGGACGAUACAGCAAAACAACUGCUAAACAACGCUUAUUUGGAAAUAUUCGAAUCAGAAGAGUUUUGCAUUGAGCCACCUUCCGCUGUAUUCCAGAAGAAAGACACAAGAGGGUUGCGAGCCAAAUUUGAUGAUAUGCGGGUUGCUAAAAAAGUACAACUGCGACGAGAUUCAGUAGCAUCAAAGAGGUACUGUCUAUGCUACAGUAUUCGAUUAAAAACAAAUUGUGGCUUGGAGCUGGUCGGAAAGAAGCUCAAACUAUAUGGCGAACGUUCACAGGUCUCACUUCCGUUUGCAGUGCUGGUUGGUCCGAAAACAGAUGUAGAAGCAAGACUUUUCUUGGAGAGGUCAUUUGCAGACUUGGUUCGGCACCCACUAUCAGACAUUCCGACUCAUGUUCCUUGUACAGAGAUGGCAGAUGCAUUGGAAAUGAAGUUUCAGGCUAUAGUGGAAACACCACAAAAGAACACGGAUGGACCAGCGGUUGUGCAACCUCGAAUGUUCACAAUGCAGGCCAAACAACACCUUAUCAACCGUUUGAAACCAAACCCGCAGGGAUUUAUAGCCCUGGACAACUUUAUGAAGGUAAGAAUGGGGUUGUUUGCGUAGUU